AUGAGUUUCCAGGCGGCCAAACCUGGACUUCUGCGACCGGGAACGCACAAGAGCGAAUGCAGCGGACAGCGCUGGAGCGUCUUUGAGGGGGCUAGCAUCCCUCAGCAGCCUUUAAGGUUUGGGAUCCGCUCCAGAAGAUCGAGAGGCCUGGGGCCUGCGCGGCUUCGUGGGAACACCUUGCGACCGCCUGGUGAGAAGCUGCCACGUGAAGCAACACCCGAGGUGGGAAAGCACAGAAUCCGCCAAACAAAGCCCUGGGAACGCUUUGCAUCGCUUUGCCCUCCAGCUUUCACCAGGCUGGCUUUUGUGGAAGAGCGCUUCGACUUUCGCGCGCAGCAGCAGACCGUCCGGCUCCCGAGCCGCGGCAAGAAAGCGGUUUGGCAAGGCAUCUAUAAGAGGUGA